AUGAACAAGCACCUUGCUCCUAAUGGAAAAGACAAACAAGCGAGGAGCAUUGCUACCACCUACGUUGGACCGAAACACGAGGGCCGUAAGGGCGUGUCCACUCUUGAGUUGAGACACUUUGCAGCGAUGAAAGACCUCUCGGUUCCUCGAAAUGUGCUGACUGCGCAGUCUGCGAGCGUCGGCCCGCACCAAACCGAGAGCUCGUUGGCGACCGCCCACACCUGUUCCCAGCGCUCCGUGUCGGCGUCUCCGAGGGGCCAGAUGACGGGUGGGUCGUCUCGGGCAUCUCAAACAAAGACCGAACUGGUGUCGAGCACGAAGACUUUGUCAGCGGUGGAUGUGGCGAGACCGCGGGGCGAGAAAGACCAGUGGGCACCUUCCGUGGCCGGGGACGUUGCAGAGCUGAAGCUUCACGCGAGUCAACUUUCUCUCUUACGGGCCAAAAACGCCUUCCGACUGCCGGAGUCUUCAGCCAUUCCCUUGAACCAGCAGAGAUACACUCAGGCCCUCUCUCACAUCAUCACUCGGGACUACUACCCGGAUUUGCCCAUGCUCAAACUGCUGAGUCAGCUCCUGGAGGCAGAACGCCAGAAUGACGUGCACAGGGCGGUUCAGUUACUUCACCGCAUUCGCGCUCUCACGCCUGCAAGCGUCGUCAAUCGGCAAGGAACUUUAAACACGAACUGGGGAUCCUCUCCCUCGACUUUCCUGCACACUCCAGGGCCUCCGGCGUCUUCGACGGAAACAGCUACCGGCUCGCCUCCACUGCGCGGCCGGGAGAGAGAGAGGCUUCCCCCGUCUUCCGACAGCCGCGCGUCUGCGAAGAAAGCGCGGGAGUCGGCGGAAGAAGAACCGCCGUGUGCGUCUUCUCGAGGAGGCGAACGGGAAGUUGCUGCGUCUGCAUCGAAACAAGCGAGGGAGAGUGGCGGCGGCGAGGGAGAGGCAGAAGCCGGUCCUCCGUCGCCGAAAGAGGAAGAGCGUCGGAGGCGGAGACGGAGGAGGGAGAGUGUGUCGGACGGGGAGGCGGAGACGAGUGAAGGGGCCAGGGAAGAAAGGGAGCGGGACGCUGAGAGCUUCCCAGUGAGUCCGGGACCGAGCGCCUCGGCGGGCGUGUGGAUGCGAAGUCCAGGAGGCGAGACUCCAACGUUUUCUGGGACGCCGCAUGCGCCACGCAGAGCGCUGGCGGGUGAGGGAAGAGGAGAAGAUAUCAUUGUGCCUGUGGGGCCGAGCGGCAAGCUGCAUCGCGUGCGAACCGAGCUGCGUCUCGACAAGUUUCUCAGCAGAUACACCAGCGAGGACAACAGGAACUUCUCGAAUGUAGUGAAGCUUGAGAAUUUGGAAAAGAAGAAGCGUCAAAGGUGGAUCGACGUGACUCAGGAGGAACACAACGCACGCAUGGUGGAAAUCCAGAGAAAAACGGUUGCUGGCGAACGAACUGACCAACUGGCGGUUGGAUUCCUCUCCUCGAGGAACAAUUUGUACUACAAAAACUUCGACACUCUGGAACCGCAUCGACAGCCGUACGAGCUGAAUCGGAGGAGUGGCGAGAUCAACAAUGCGAAUACGCGAUACUCGACCUCCGAGAGGCAACGCCAGCGCUCCCUUUACUCUCUCCAAGUCGAGAAGAAGCAACAGCUCGCCGCGACGGAAGAACAGAGGAAAGCGUUGGAGGCCGUUGCGGCUGAAACGGCGUUUUCCGCGGAGCGAAGAGAGCAGGAAAAAGAGAAGGCGCUGAUCGCGGCCUGCGGCCCAAGUCCACUCCCCGGCAGCCAUGCCAAGGUGGACCUUCCCGUCGUGGUCGACGGGCCGAGCCGGGAUUCCGAGCUUCCGAAAGUCACCUGGGGACAACUUUUGUGUCCGUCGCUCCUCGACGCCGCAAGCCCGUCAACGCCCUUUUUGAACUCAUCGAUCUUCGAGCCGUGCCCGGUGAACUCGUACGCGGGGGCGUCUGGGCGGCUGGCGAACACGGCGAACCUCGCGACGUUCAAAAUGCCAGACCCUCUUCCGAGAGAAAAGGCGCUCGCGAAACUCCAGGACCGCGCGACUGCGCGCGUUCGGCAGAAACAACUGAAGCACCAGCAGCUGCUCGGCGCAGCUGACCAAGGAUCGCCUCGGUGCCGACUAGCAGCCGCUCGCGCGGCGGCCGUGGUCCUCCGCCGGACGGGGCGAAGUGGAAGCAGCGGCGGCUCCGCCAUCGGCCUGCCGUCUGGGCGGCGGAGCUCGAGUGUCAGUACAGCGAGCAAGGAGAUUCAAAAGAUCUGUCGACUGGCGCAGACGCCGGAGAUGCGCCGCGUGCGGGGAGGCGGCUCUGAGUCGCACGGGAGAGCCGCUGGAAGUGCGGCAGAAUUUGGGGUGGGCAACAGCGAUGGAACAACGCACAGCCGCGUCGACAGACCGCGCACUCACACCGUUUUUUUGACGGGCUAUUCCGUGCGUGGCCGUCUUACUCUUUGA